UGCGGUUGGGCCAAGAUGGCGGCUGCAGAGGGUUCCUUAAGUGAUGGUGAUCUUUGGCAGACCUGGCUUCCUAACCAUGUCGUAUUUUCUCGGCUCCGGGAGGGGCUAAAACACCAGCGCCCUGCAGAAAUUGAGAAACCGGCUUCCUCGUCGUUGUCCUCGUCGCCUCCUUUGCCGCCGCAGCUGCUUACGAGAAACCUGGUUUUCGGCCUCGGCGGAGAGCUCUUCCUGUGGGAUGGAGAAAGCAGCUGCUUUUUAGUGGUUCGCCUUCGGGGCCUCAGCAGUGGCGGCGAGGAGUCCUCCCUCUCCCAGUACCAGAGAUUGCUUUGCAUAAACCCACCUCUGUUUGAAAUUUAUCAAGUUUUGUUAAGUCCGACACAACAUCAUGUAGCACUUAUAGGAACUAAAGGACUUAUGGUAUUAGAAUUACCCAAAAGGUGGGGGAAGAAUUCUGAAUUUGAAGGUGGAAAAGUAACAGUGAAUUGUAGCACCACUCCAAUUGCUGAGAGAUUUUUCACGAGUUCUACGUCUCUGACUCUAAAGCAUGCUGCAUGGUAUCCAAGUGAAAUGCUAGAUCCUCACAUAGUGCUGUUAACAUCAGACAAUGUAAUAAGAAUUUAUUCUCUACGUGAGCCCCAGACACCCACUAAGGUGAUUUUACUUUCAGAAGCAGAAGAGGAAAGUCUAAUACUCAAUAAAGGUCCUGGGAAUAUUGGAAAGCUUUUGGGUCCAUUGCCCAUGCAUCCUGCAGCUGAAGAUAACUAUGGUUACGAUGCUUGUGCCAUCCUCUGCUUGCCCUGUGUCCCCAACAUCUUAGUGAUCACUACUGAAUCAGGAAUGCUGUAUCACUGUGUUGUGCUAGAGGGAGAAGAAGAUGAUGACCACACACCAGAAAAAUCCUGGGAUUCCAGGGCUGAACUCAUUCCGUCUUUGUAUGUGUUUGAGUGUGUUGAGUUGGAGCUUGCCCUGAAACUGGCAUCUGGAGAGGAUGAUCCCUUUGAUUGUGAUUUUUCUUGUCCAAUCAGACUUCACAGAGAUCCCAAGUGUCCUUCAAGGUAUCACUGUACUCAUGAAGCUGGUGUACAUAGUGUUGGAUUAACUUGGAUUCAUAAACUCCACAAAUUUCUUGGAUCAGAUGAAGAAGAUAAAGAUAGUUUACAAGAACUUGCUGCAGAACAAAAAUGCUUUGUUGAGCACAUCCUUUGUACAAAGCCUUUGCCAUGCAGGCAGCCAGCUCCAAUUCAAGGAUUCUGGAUAGUUCCUGAUAUUCUGGGGCCCACGAUGAUCUGCAUCACCAGUACUUACGAAUGCCUUAUAAGGCCUUUAUUAAGUACAGUCCAUCCAGCAUCUCCUCCUCUGCUUUGUACCCAAGAUAAUGUUGAAGUUGCAGAGUCCCCUCUCCGGAUUCUGGCUGAAACCCCCGAUUCCUUUGAAAAGCAUAUUCGAAGCAUUUUGCAACGCAGUGCUGCCAACCCAGCAUUUCUGAAGUCAUCUGAGAAGGAUUUGGCCCCUCCUCCUGAAGAAUGUCUCCAGCUCAUCAGUAGAGCCACCCAGGUGUUCAGAGAACAGUACAUUCUUAAGCAGGACCUGGCAAAGGAGGAGAUUCAGCGAAGAGUCAAAUUAUUACGUGACCAAAAAAAGAAACAACUAGAUGAUCUCAGUUAUUGUCGAGAAGAGAGGAAAAGUCUACGGGAAAUGGCUGAACGCUUAGCUGACAAAUAUGAGGAAGCGAAGGAAAAACAAGAGGAUAUCAUGAACAGGAUGAAAAAAGUACUUCACAGUUUUCACUCUCAGCUUCCAGUUCUCUCUGAUAGUGAGAGAGACAUGAAAAAAGAAUUGCAGCUGAUCCCUGACCAACUUCGACAUCUGGGCAAUGCCAUCAAACAGGUUACUAUGAAAAAAGACUAUCAGCAGCAAAAAAUGGAAAAGGUUCUGAGUCCACAAAAACCUACCAUUACUCUCAGUGCCUACCAACAAAAGUGCAUCCAGUCUGUCCUCAAGGAGGAGGGUGAACACAUAAGAGAAAUGGUGAAACAAAUCAAUGAUAUCCGAAACCAUGUAAACUUCUGAUACCACCAAGAAGAGUCACACCUGAAGUUAAAAAAACUGAAGGUUUAGCCCAUAUUGUAAAAUAAACAGGUAGCCCUAAUUUAUAAAGAGACAUUUUGGAUGAACUUCAGUGUGUUGUCUAUUUUUAAUAUGUUUUAUAAUUACUGAAUAAAUAAAUGUUUU